ACAACUUUCUUUUCGUGGUGUGUCUCGACAUAAUGGAGGGGAAAAAAAUUACGUUCGAACGUAAUGCUACAUUAGGAGAAGGUGCUUAUGGAUCCGUUUUUAGAGGCAAAUUUGAAGGCCGUCAAGUCGCAGUGAAAAGAAUUCUCCUUAACAAAAUCAACAAAAACGAAGAAGAAUGUUUGCAAAAAUUGAAACAUUUGAACAUCAUCAAACUUUUUCAUAUUGAAAGUGACAAUGACUUCAGAUUCUACGCAUUAGAAUUGUGUGAUGCCUCGCUGGAUCAACUGUUUUUGGGGUCGGAUGAUCCCAGAAAAUACAAGGGACCUAUGCCCCCUGAUAUCGUAGUGUUUCUUCAAUUAGCUUUAGGUCUUGAAUACAUCCAUUCCAAUCAAUUAAUUCAUCGAGAUAUUAAACCAGCAAAUAUCCUCAUUUCCGUUCGUUCAACUGACCGAAGUGACGAGGUAACAAUCAAAUGGGCUGAUUUUGGACUGUCAAGACCCGUAAAUGAGCGGGGGACGUUCACGUUGAGCGGUAUCAAAGGAACAGCAAAAUGGCGCGCCCCCGAGUCCCUGAAAUUGCUGGAAAACGCGCAAGAGGGAGAUGAGCCUCGAGGCACCGUUCAGAGCGACGUGUUUGUCCUAUGCCUCGUCUUCGGCUAUCUUCUCCUGAAGGGAGAUCAUCUCUACGGUUCCAAAGGAGAUAAUGUUGAAAAAAACAUUAAAAAGGAAAUCCUGUGAAUAUGCAGAAAAUUAAUGGCAAAUUACGCGAAAUUUAUGAAGACCAUCUACUUAAAAAAAUGUUGGAGCACGACCCUAGCAAAAGAAUUACAUCGAAAGAAGUAGUCGACCAAUUGAAGGAUAAG